ACGCAUACAAAUACAUUGACAUCCAUACCGAUGAUGAUAAAAAAAAUUGUGUGUUUCAAUCGAGCAAUUUGUAGUGUAUAAACAAUUUUUUUUAUUUCGGUCGAUUCCAAAUGUUGUUUUCAAUGUGAACUGUUUUAAAAUAGCGACACACAUGAACACUGCAUUUGUUUUAUGUUAUAAUCAAGCUUCGGACCAUUUCUGUACUCGAUUGGAUGAAUUGUUUAUGUGUCGUUGUUUGAUUGGAAAUACAACACUUCAGACGUAUUAACACUCUGAAACGAAUUGCAGAAAAAAGAAACAAAUUCAGUUGGAAGCUACUUAAUUUUGCACUGUUUCGCAGCUAUUUUCAUUUUAUUUCGAUUGAAUUUUUUAAGUUUUGUAAAAAUGUUGAGAUUUUUAUUGCAUUUUCGUCAAUGAAUUGUAGGCUAAUAAGUUUAUGUUUUAAAAUAGUUUAAAAUUGUGUAAGAAUAUUCAGAACGAAUUCCGUAUACGCGCAACAAUACAAUACACAUUUGCCAAUAGCAUGAUGAUGACAAAUAAAAGUAGCCAAAUCGCUAGAAAAAAGAUGCAGGUGUCAUUCGUAAUACGAGAUGCAGAAGAAAAACGACAUCGAAAUGGUGUGAAUGCACUUCAGCUGGACCAAAACAACGGCCGACUGUAUUCUGCUGGACGGGAUGCGAUAAUCCGAGUAUGGAACUCAAAUCAAAGUAAUACACAGGACUGUUACAUACAAAGUAUGGAACAUCACAAUGACUGGGUCAACGACAUUGUGCUGUGUUGCGGCGGUAGAAACUUAAUUAGCGCAAGUUGUGAUACAACUGUUAAAGUUUGGAAUGCCCACAAAGGAUUUUGCAUGUCAACGCUACGAACGCACAGAGAUUAUGUACAGGCGUUAGCAUACGCAAAGGAUAGGGAGCAGGUUGCGAGUGCUGGAUUAGAUAAAGCCAUUUACUUGUGGGAUGUAAAUACGUUAACCGCACUCACUGCGAGUAACAACACAGUGACGACAUCGAAUUUAGCCGGUUCCAAAGAUUCAAUAUACAGCUUAGCUAUGAACCCAUCCGGGUCAAUAAUUGUCAGUGGAUCCACGGAGAAUGCCCUACGAAUAUGGGAUCCUAGAACAUGUAAUCGCAUUAUGAAACUGAAAGGACAUUCCGAAAAUGUGAAAGCGCUUGUCGUGUCUAGCGAUGGUACUCAAAUCAUUUCAGGCAGUUCCGAUGGUACGAUUAAAAUCUGGAGCGUUGCUCAACAACAAUGUAUUCAAACGAUUCAAAUACAUUCUGAAGGCGUUUGGGCGUUGUUAGUUACCGAAAAUUUUUCACAUGUGAUUUCGGGCAGCCGUGAUAAAAAGAUUUUUAUGACUGAAUUAAGAAAUCCUACCAAUAGUGUUUUAGUUUGUGAAGAAUCGGCGCCGGUGCUGAGUCUCUGCUAUAAUAUUGAUCAGACUGGCAUUUGGGCGACCACUUGGAAUUCGGAUAUAAAAUUUUGGAAACUGCCGCGGUACGACCGUUCUAACUACAAUAUAAUUAAUGAUGGAAAUACGUCGAAUAAUAAAGACAAUGAAAUUGCAUGUAUUAAAGGUAAUAUCAUUUUAAAAAAAGUACACAUUCAUUUUACGCUCAUUCCGCGAAUGAAUGAAGAAUACCUAUACGAUAACAAAAAAAAAAUCGCCUCGAUUAAAAUGGUUUCAGGUGGGGCGGCCAUAAAAAAAUACGCCGUGCUAAACGACAAACGACACAUUCUAACAAAGGAUACGGAUAACAAUGUAGCAAUUUAUGAUGUACUGAAAGUAACAAAAGUCAAAGAUCUAGGACAAGUCAAUUUUGACAACGAACUCAAGCAACACAACCAAAAGGUUUUCAUCCCUAAUUGGUUUACGGUCGAUUUAAAAACUGGCAUGCCGACCAUUGUUCUUGGCACUGACGAAGUGGAUUGCUUCUGUGCAUGGGUCUCAGCUGAAGCCGGUUUGCCCGAACAUGCAGAGGCUGGAUCAGACUUAAAAAUUAAUUACGGAAGCCUUUUGCUACAGGCUCUAUUAGAACAUUGGCCAUUGACUCAUACGCACACAUCAAACGAUGAAGUGAUCAAAGGAAAUGAAUAUUUCUCGGUACCAAAACAUACACCAGUCAUUUUCAGUGAGGUUGGUGGUCGAACGGUUUGUCGACUGCUGGUUCGAGAUGCAGCCGGUGAAAAUGAAUCAUCUUUGCUUCAUGAAACGGUCCCAUCUUGGGUUACUGAUAUCGUCGUUGAGAAAACUAUUCCAAAAUUUGUAAAAAUUCCAUUUUAUUUACUUCCACAUCCGCAAAUGGUGAAACAAGACCGAAUGAAGAAGGAUCGUCUUGUGGCGAAUGAAUUCUUACAAUGCCGUAAAGUGUGCGAGCAUGUAUUGGACAAAAUACUGGGCUCGGAAUCUGGUGUGAAUACAAUGAUUAGUAAUAAUUCACAAUCGAAUCAGAAUGACAACAGUUCAGAGGGUUCACAAAUACCACCCGAAGAUAAAAUUGAACUUUAUUGCAACAAUGUCUUGCUUGAUCCCCUGCUAGACCUGAGAACUGUGCGACAUUUCAUUUGGAAGCAAUCGGCUGAUUUAACAUUUCAUUAUAAAACAAAACCGAAUUUCAACUACAGCUAAGAUCGCUGCGAUGGAAAGUGGAAUAAACGAAGUCGCAUGUUAUUUCGAAAUAUCUAAUCAAAUUCACCAAAUAACCACAAUUUUUCAAAUGCAUGUACUAUUAUCGGUGUCAAAUAAAACAAAAACAAAAUAGAAUAAAUAGACAAACAAAGCAGAGACAUGAGAACAUCAGAUUGAUGAUUGAUUCGCUUCUCGAAGAAUUAUGUUGUGUUAGAGUUCAUAAACUAUUCAUUAUUUCAUAAAUAUAUCGGUUAGAAAAAGUCAACUUUAAAAGCAUGAAAAAAAAAUGAAAUAAAAUGCAAAUGAUUGCAAUUUUUUUUUUGUACGAAAAGAAAA